UUUAGGGAAAGUACGAACAUUGUUCAGUAAAUUUUUCUGAAAAACGUUAAUCUUUUGUUUCUGGAAAAUGGAGGAACCACCGAUAGGAAACGAGAAAUUGGAUGAUGAGAAUGAGAAAUUAAUGGAUGCUGGUGAUUUAAAAAUGGCUCAACAUAAUGGUGAGGAGAAUAGUGAUGAUAGCACACAAAAUGUAGCAGGCCGGAAUAGUCCAACUGCUGUUAUCGACCUCAAAGAACUCACUGAAUCUGCUCUGAUGAAGAAAUUUGAGAUGUUGACGGUUGGUGGUACAUCGUCUGCUAAGCACCUGACCGAAGCACAGCGACAUAAGUAUCUCUUUUGGGACACACAGCCGGUUCCAAAAAUCAAUGAAAUGGUGACGGAGAAUAGAGCAAUCGAAUCUCCUUUGGAUAUCUCAGAAGUACGUGAAGAGCCGUUUUCAUUGCCAGAUCCUUUUUGUUGGAGCGAUGUUGAAAUCGAUAGUAUGAAGGAACUUACCGAACUUUAUACACUACUGACAGAGAAUUAUGUGGAGGAUGAUGAUAACAUGUUUCGAUUUGAUUAUAGUCCACAGUUUUUGCUUUGGGCCUUGAAAGCUCCGGGAUGGAUGAAGAAAUGGCAUUGUGGUGUUCGGGCAAAAUCAAGCGGAAAAUUGAUUGCUUUUAUUUCUGCUAUUCCUUCAGUUAUACGGGUUUAUGACAAGGAAGUUAAAAUGGUUGAAAUUAAUUUCCUUUGUGUGCAUAAGAAACUGCGCUCAAAAAGAGUAGCACCAGUGUUAAUUCGUGAAAUCACUCGGCGUGUGAACCGAGAAGGUAUCUUUCAAGCAGCGUUCACAGCUGGUGUCGUCUUACCGAAACCAAUUGCGACGUGCAGAUACUGGCAUCGAUCGUUGAAUCCAAAAAAGCUUAUUGAGGUGAAAUUUUCUCAUCUUUCACGGAAAAUGACGAUGCAAAGAACGCUGAAGUUAUAUAAACUUCCAGAACAGCCUAAGACGGCAAACUUAACAUCGCUGAAGGAAUGUCAUAUUGAUGGUGCGUAUGGCUUGCUACAAUGUUAUUUGAAGAAGUUUGACUUGUCUCCUCAAUUUACUCGAGCCGAUUUUGAGCAUUUCUUUAUGCCACGUGAGGAUGUCAUCUACAGUUAUGUUGCGUUGAAUGAGGAAGGUACUAAGGUAACCGACUUGAUUAGCUUCUACUCACUGCCUUCAUCGGUCAUGCAUCAUCCACAGUAUAAAUCAAUUCGUGCAGCAUAUUCAUUCUACAACGUUGCCACUUCAGUAACUCUUAAACAACUCAUCAAUGAUGCCCUUAUUCUUGCGCGAAAUUGUGGUUUUGAUGUGUUCAAUGCACUUGAUCUCAUGGACAACAAAGAAAUAUUGGAAGAUCUCAAGUUUGGUAUUGGUGAUGGAAAUUUGCAGUAUUAUUUAUACAACUGGAAGUGUCCCGAUAUCGUACCGGAGAAGAUUGGUCUCGUACUUCAAUAAGUUUGUUCUAUGUUAUAGCUAAAGCUGCUAGGAUUAUUUCUAAUUGUAUUUUUAUGAACAUUUUCGUGCAUGUUGUCGGUGAACGAUGCUUUCCGCAUUUAUCGUUUGAUUUGGGCAAAAGCUAGAUGUUAUCUGGCAUACAUUUGGGAUAGUUUUCUUGGUCUUGGUUUUAUAUUAUCAGUAACUCAAAAAUAUCGCUG